AUGUGGGGUCGUCGUGUCUGGGAGACAUUCGGACAAGCCGACGCUUCCCCGGCCACCAGCCCGCGCGGCGGGUCGCGCCCCCCGACUUCGGCCGCACCCCGCGCGCCGCCCGCGCGGCCCGGCAGCAAGCCGGUCGCGGCGCGCGCUGCGCCGCGGCCCGGCGCCACGUCGGCGAGCGGCGCAGGCGGCGGCGGCGCUGCGACCGGUGGGCCUUUGGAGGACGAGGGGUCCCUGAGCGCAGGGUCCUACAACCGCUCUGAGGCGGAGGCCAAGCUUACUGAGCUGUUCGGGGAGGGCACCGCGGCGGCCCUCUGCGACCCGCUGUGGAAGGCGCGCCUGGAGGCGAUGGAGGCGGUGGUGGCGCGCGCCCAGGAGCCGGGCGCCGGCGGCGCCGCGCAGCAGCUGGUGCUUGCGCUGGCGCAGAUCCCCGGGUGGGACGAGAAGAACUUCCAGGUGAUGGCCAAGGCGUUUGAGGCAAUCAAGGCGGCGGCGGCGGCCCCGGAGUUUGGGAAGCGGGAGGCAUUCGCGGCGGUGUGCGGCGCGACCGACAAGAUGGCCGACAUCAAGCUCAAGGGCCCCGCCUCUGAGAUGCUGCUGGCCGCCAGCGAGGCCGUGGGGCCGUCCUUCGUCGCCGGCUGCCUGCACCGAAGGGCAGCGACCCACAAGAACCCCAAGGUCCUGACCGAGACGCUCAACUUCCUCACAGCUUCCAUCCAGGACUUUGGGCUCGCCCCCUUCGACGUGCCCGCGCUGCUGGCCUGGACGAAGGCAGACCUGGGCUCCUCCGUUGCUGGAACGCGCACGGCCGCCAUCGCGCUGCUCGGCGCCAUGCACUCGUUCCUGGGGCCCGCGCUUGGUGACAUGCUGAGGGCCGACGUGAAGCCCGCCCUGAUGACAGCCAUCGAGGAGAAGUUCAAGGAGUGCCUGCAGCAGCCGCCCGGCAGCUUCGCGCCCGCGCGGACGAGCAGGGCGGGCGGCGGCGGCGGCGGGGGCGGGGGCGGCGGCAGGGCCCGGGGCGGCAGGGGAGGCGCCGCCGCAGCGGCGGAGGAGCCCCCCUCCAUGGACGACCUCCUGCCGCGCGCCGACAUCAGCGGCGCCAUCGCGGGCCCCGUGGCGCAGCUGGGCAGCGCCAACUGGAAGGAGCGCAAGGCGGCGCUGGACGAGAUAGAGUCCGCGAUCGCCGCGGCGGGCGGCCGGGUGCAGGCGAACGUGGGCGGGGACCUGUUCCCGGCGCUCAAGGCCCGGAUGGCAGACACCAAUCGCAAUCUGGCCGUACAGGCCCUGGGCCUCGUGGCGAAGCUGGCCAAGGCCAUGGGGCGGGCCAUCAACCGCGAGGGGCGCUGCGUGCUGGUGGCGGCCUUCAAGUGCCUCACAGACCCCAAGAACAUGGUGCGCAACGCCGUGGUGGAGAUGGCCGAGGCCUGGGUGGCGGUGGCGCCUGCGGAGCCGCUGUUCGAGGAGGCGGCGGAG